AUGUCUUCAUUUGAAGAAAAGAUCUCAUCAACUGUUCGCGAUGGCAUCCUCCCAGGCGUGGUCCUCUACGCCAAGGACAAGUCAGGACGCCUUAACUACUCCAAAAUAAUCGACUCAGAAAACAUCCCCCUAGCCCCCUCAACAACCCUCUGGCUCGCCUCCGCCACCAAGAUAAUCACCACAAUCGCGGCCCUCCAGCUCGUCGAACGCGGCCUCCUAACCCUCGACGAGGACAUCUCCCACUAUCUCCCCGCCCUCGCCUCCCAAGAUAUCCUCACCGGCUUCGACGAGACCACCAAAAAGCCGAUCACGACCCCCCGCAAGAACCCCAUCACCCUCCGCCAGCUCCUCUCCCACGCCGCCGGCACGGCCUACGACUUCCUCUCCCUGGACCUCAUCCAGCGCUGGCAGAAACUAAACGGCAAGACACCCGUCUCCGGGUCAAACGUCGAGGAACGCUUUUCCUACCCUUUGAUCUACGAACCCGGCACGCACUGGGCCUACAGCAACGCCAUCGACUGGGCCGGCCGUCUCGUCGAGGUCCUCACGGGUACGGACCUGGAAUCCUACAUGCGCCAGAACGUCUUCGAGCCCCUGGGCCUCGCCUCCUUCACCUUCAACACAGCCAAGGUCAAAGACACCCUCUGGCCCCUGAGCGCCCGCGACCCGGCGAGCGGGAGCCUCGUGCCCUUCGCCGGGCGGCACCUCAACGCCGGCGUCGAUGCCCCGCUGGGCGGCCAGGGCCUGCACGGGCGGAUGGACGAGUACCUCGAGAUCCUGCACUCCCUCCUCGCCGACGACGGCAGGCUGCUGCGGCCCGCGACCGCGGCGGAGAUGUUCAGGCCGCAGCUCGGCGCCGCGUCCAAGGAGGCCCUGCUGGAGAACCUGAACGUGCCGUCGGGUUUCGUGGGCGACUUCCCGGACACGAGGGAGUACGACUGGGGUCUCGGCGGGAUUCUGGUCGACGGCGACGGUCAUCCGUACCGCGGGAACGGGACCUUGAUUUGGAGCGGGGCGGCUAACAUAUUCUGGUGGAUUGACCGAAAGACUGGGGUGUGUGGUGUCUUUGGUACGCAGAUCAUGCCGGCCGGAGAGCUGGUGACGAAGGAGUACAUCAAGGCCUUCGAGGAUGAGAUGUACGCGAAGAUGAAGACACUGUGA